AUAGACAGAGGAACAGGCACACACAUACACACAGACAGACGUUCAAACCGUAAAGACCCCAUGACCACUGCUGACGAUAAUGAACAUUCGUUUAUCGCAGCCAGGCAUUCACCACGGUAACCAUGGUGAUUUGCAUCAACAUAAAUAUUAUUCACUCCCCCCCUCUCCCAUCUUUACCUUAACAUUUUUAGUUUCAUUAACUAGAGAGCGGUGGGUUUAGUUUUGUCACAUGACACACCGUACUUCCGUUUCCGCUGCAGCCUGUUUCACUCGGGAGAAGAACAAAGAAGUGUUUUUGUUUGUUUUUCACGGAGAUUUUGAUGUGAGUAAACAUAUUUUCACUCUAAAUAUUGAUUUGUGUAGCAUAACAGAUUCACAGAUGACAUUGGCACAAAACAUCUUUUGUACAUUGGAGACAUCUGGAAUAUUUACCAUGUUUUUUUGAAGACGAAAGGAAAACGUUUUAGAGAACAGAUAUAAUAACCCAACUGCUAUAAAUCUGGGAUUGAAUUACUGUGAAAUAUUUGCUCUGAGCAACAAUUCAUAGCAACAUUUCUCCAUCUCCUUAUCUGGUGCUUUUGCAUUCUAAUUGAACUUGAAUAUAUUUACAAAGGAGUUUGCAGCAUCUUUAGAUAUUGAUAAAGAUCACAGUUGAUAGGAUUUGAAAUAUUUCUGGGGAAUAAAUUAUUACAAGUUUGAGAAGAAGGAAAUUGAGAGAAAAAAAAUAAGGGAAAAAUUUAAUUCUGCGGGAAACUUCAAUGGUUGGGUCUGUUUGUAUCCCUUAGAGAAAUGUCGAAAGAAUUAGGAAAAUCACAACGUGAUUGUGAAAUCUGUGGUGAAUCAUUUUCUAUAAAUAGUGACAUGAUUAAUCACAUUUGUGUUCAUACAGGUGAGAAGCCAUUUCACUAUGAAAUCUGUGGUAAACCAUUCUCUCAAAACAGUGAAUUAACUACACACACACGUAUCCAUACAAGAGAAAAGCCAUUUCACUGUGUUACCUGUGGUAAAUCCUUCUCUCUAAAUAGUACCUUAACUAAUCACAUACGUAUUCAUACAGGUGAGAAGCCAUUUCACUGCAUUACCUGUGGUAAAUCAUUUUCCCGAAACUGUAGCUUAACUACACACAAGCGUAUUCAUACAGGUGAGAAGCCGUUUCACUGUGAUAUCUGUGGUAAAGCAUUCUCUGUAAACAGUACCUUAAUUAAACACACAUGUAUUCACACACAGGUGAGACCACAUCACUGUUAUAUCUGUGGUAAAUCAUUCUCUCAAAGUAGUCAUUUGACUAGACACCUGCAUAUUCAUACAGGAGAGAAACCAUUUCACUGUGUUACCUGUGGAAAAGCAUUCUCUGAAAAGAAUGCCUUAACUAUUCACAUACGUAUUCACACAGGUGAGAGACCAUAUCACUGUGAUGUCUGUGGCAAGGCAUUCUCUGGAAAUAGUAACUUAAGAAAACACAUACGUAUUCACACAGGAGAGAGAGCAUACCACUGUGAGACCUGUGGUAAAUCAUUCUCUCAAAACAGUAUCUUAAUUAGUCACAAACGUAUUCAUACAGGAGAGAGACCAUAUCAUUGUGAUAUCUGUGGUAAAUCAUUCUCUGACAACUCGACCGUAACUACACACAGACGUGUUCAUACAGGAGAGAAACCAUUUGACUGUGAUUUCUGCAGUAAAUCAUUCUCUCAAAGCAGUGCCUUAACUAAACACAGACGUAUUCAUACAGGAGAGAAAAUCAUUCUCAAAAAAGUUGGACCUUAAUUAAACACAAAUGUAUUCAUACAGGAGAGAAACCAUAUUACUAUGAUUUCUCCACUAAAUCUUUUUCUCAGAGAAGUAACUUAAUUACACAUGCAAUUAUCCAUAUGAAAGUGUGAUUAUAUCAUUGUGAAAAUUCAUUAGGACAUACAACAACCUAUAUUUUAAAACCGUUCCCCCUGUUAAAUCUUGGCUUAACCUUUGUGCCCUUAACAGUAAUCAUUAACCCCCUGACAGUAACCAUACUCUUCGGGGUUACCCUUUUGAGAUAUUAUUUUACACCCACAUGCGGUGGCACGUAAAAAGCACCCACUACACUCACGGAGUGGUUGGCGUUAGGAAGGGCAUCCAGCUGUAGAAACACUGCCAGAUCAGACUGGGCCUGGUGCAGCCUCCUGGCUUCC